AUGUACAGCCCCCCUUUUCCUUUCUAUUUCCAUAACCCAAACAAACUAGACGUAUUUAAGUAUCGGGUUUCAAAGCCGGCCAAUAAAAUCUUUCGAAUGGACAAGCAUACCGAGCCCGGAACUCGCAUGGUAGAGGAGUAUUUAGACCGAUCUAUAUUUGUUUGUUUGCGAGAUAGUACUUAUGUCUUUGGUACGCUCAGAUCUUAUGACCAGUAUCAUAAUAUUCUUUUAGAAGAUGCCCAAGAGGUCGUCAUUAUCGGGCAGGAGUAUACAGAAGAGUUCUCAGAGGCUUACAUGCUUCGAGGUGAGAAUAUCAUUCUUAUCGGAGUUGGAACUUUUGAUAAUUCACAACUUACUCAAGUCAGUCCAACCGUUCUAGCCGAAAAGAAAAAGCACCUCUCCCUAGAUGAUCUUGAUUACAUUGCUCUUUGA